UAAAUUUUGGUCAUUCUGAAAAUUGGUCUUGUAAAGAUGAUACAAGGAAUAAAUCCAGUUUACCAAGCUUUUCUAGGAACUUUACUGACAUGGGGCCUGACGGCGCUUGGCUCUGCACUAGUGUUUGUCUUUCAGAGUGGUCAGAGAAAAAUACUUGAUGGAAGUCUAGGGUUUGCUGCUGGGGUUAUGACAGCAGCUUCAUAUUGGUCAUUAUUAGCACCAGCAAUAGAAACUGCUGAACAGUCAGGAUUGUAUGGUGUAGAAGGGCAGUGGGCAUUUGUACCUGUAGCUAUAGGUUUUGCUUUGGGUGCUGUAUUUGUGUAUGGAGCAGAUGUACUCAUGCCUUAUUUGGGAUUUACUGGUAAAGAUAUAACUUCAUCAUUAGACAAUAAUACAAAACUAGAAAAAGAUGGUGAAUUACUCAAUAUACAGAUCAAUGAAAAUGAAGUAAAUUCUAGAGGUAAAUCAGAAACAACUCGAUUAAGACGACCAGGAACAAUGAAUUCCAGCAUUCCAACUCGUAUCACAAAUGAUGAUUCUAGUAAAAAACCUGCAGGUUAUACGGAAACAAGUUGGAAAAGAAUUUUAUUGUUGAUAAUAGCUGUUACAAUACAUAAUAUACCAGAGGGUUUAGCCGUAGGAGUUGGGUUUGGUGCUGUAGGAAAAACUAAAACAGCAACUUUUGAAAGUGCAAGAAAUCUAGCAAUAGGAAUAGGUAUACAGAAUUUUCCUGAAGGUUUAGCAGUAAGUCUUCCACUGAGAGGAUCAGGCAUGUCAUUAUGGAAAUGCUUCUGGUAUGGUCAGUUAAGUGGAUUAGUAGAACCUAUUGCUGGUGUAUUAGGUGCUGCAGCUAUUGUUAUUGCUGAACCAUUAUUACCAUAUGCUCUGGCUUUUGCUGCAGGUGCUAUGAUAUAUGUAGUUGUAGAUGAUAUUAUACCUGAAGCACAAACCUGUGGAAAUGGUAAAUUAGCAUCAUGGGGAGCUGUUGUGGGAUUUAUAGUCAUGAUGUCAUUAGAUGUAGGAUUAGGUUAAUAAUUGAUCGAAAGAGGUGAAGAAGAAGAAAAAUGGACCAAGUGCAAUUAAUAAUUCCACUUUCAUAAAAGCAUAUAUUUAGUCAUCAUAGUUAUUGAUUUUUUUUUUAUAUUAGUAUAUUAUUUUGUUGAUUAUAAGAAUUGUUUAAAUGAGGGAUUAGAAAUUAAUGACUUUAUAAAUAUAUUUUAUAUGGAAUUUUUUACUUAAUGUCCCUGUAAUAUAUGUAUGUCCCUUAUGAUUCCAACAGGGUUUAAUUUGUUAUAUUUUUAAAUUGAUUUAAAUGUUUGAAGGUUAAAAAAAACUUUUUAAUUAAAUGUUUUACUGUUUUUAGAUUCAUUUGUUAAUUGUCAUCUAUGCAUUCUUUAUCACUUGCACAUGGAAAAUGCUGAUCUGAGAUAGACACUUUUUUUGAGAAAAUCAUUUAAUAUUUCAAGUAUAUGUUUUAACCUGAAGUGACAGCCUCUUUAAAUCUAUGAUAAAAAACAUUUUUUUGUAAAAUGAUAAAAAAAAAAAGUAAUUCUUAUGUAAGAAUUAGAUAAAGAGCCGACGGUUCUUGCUUUAAUAGUUUAAAAAUAGAUAAUGAAAUGGAAAGAUAUUGAAAAUUUCAUUCAAAUUACUCAUAUCUGAGUGAAGUUAUCAUACUUUGAAGUGUUUACAAUAUUGUCUUGAUUGUCAAAUACCAUUGGUACGAUAGUAAAAAAUGGUGAACGUGUUUGAUGUUUAAAGACUAAUUUAUAUAACAUUUGAGACCAAAAUCAAGACCUGCAAUAGACAGAUUUAGCUUUUACAUAAUGUAUUGUUAACCAACAAAGUGAGAUAAUCUUUUAGAGUUAGAGGCAUUGAGCAAUAAACUAUAACACCUACUUUUGGAAGAACAAUUCCUCAUUUAUUUGGGCGACCACGCUUUGAAGAGUAUUCUCUUAACAAUUUUCAAGCAAGUGAGUGAAUACUCUUCAAAAUGUUGCCAAAAUACAUGAGUAAUUAUUCUUCCAUAAAGUAUGUGUUAAAGUUUAACAUCUUUUGCUUUGUUCUAAUUUGUUGUGACACCUUUACAUACCUAAUAGAUGACCCAGUAUAAAUUUUAAAACACUUUGAAAUAGUUCAGUCUGUCAUAAUGAUGACUCCCAUCUAUUGAAACCAAAAAUGGCUUUACAGCAUGGGGGGUCUUUAUUAAGGCUUGUAAAUAUGUUUGUGUUUAAAUUUUUGAAGAUACUGUCACUUAAAGUCAAUUUAUAUUUUAAUUGCUAAAACAGUCAGAAUGUUAGUAUGACCAAUAUUUGACUAGUAUGUUAGAUUUUAAUAGGAAGAGGCCAGAAAUUUGAAAUGGAAUCAGUUUCAUAACUUUGGAAUUUACAAUUAUUGGAGCCUUAAUUAGUUCCAUAGUUAUGAGGGCCUGUAAAACUUAUUUUAACAUCUAUUUUAUCACUGUUUGGGGGGAUGAAAAAAAUUGACCUAUACAUAAGAUGGAUAGAAAUUUAUUUUACGUGGAAAAUGCUGAUCUGAGAUGGACACUUUCAUGUGAAUAUCAUAUACAUAUCAUUUGUAAUUUAUUCCAAAUAUAUUCUAUAUAUGCAAUAAUCGUUUAACAUUUAGAGUCUGAUUAAUAUGAGAAUACAUAUCUGAUCAUUGAAACUGGUUAUAAAUGAAAUUGACAACCUUGUUCCUUUCUUGCCAAAAAAAUUAUGUAUUAGGAUUGAUAUUAAUUCAACCAUACUAAAUACACAUUUAUUAUUAUACAAUCUUAUCCAAGCAAGAAAUUAUUCGAAUGUCUUGAGUGUUUUAGCAGUCUGCCAUCUGCAAGUUUUGCACCUGUUGGUAAAUUGUGUACCUAAUCACUUUAAAUCAUAUUAACAUCAGAUCUCUCUUAAAACAACCUGUCUUCUGCCACUGUCAAAGUUUAAUAUAUAAUAUGAACAUUAUUUUAAAUGAAAUCUUUCAGCAGGUCUUUUAUAUGCAUUUGAAUUUUAAGUUCUUUUAAUACUCAUGUUUUUUAAUGUAGACCAAUUAUAAAUUUGAGAUAAACAUCUAUCUACUGUAAUCCUGCCACAACACACAACUGGUAUUUGCACCAUGGGCAUUAUUGAAUCAUGUACCGUAUUAUUUUGAUGCUUUCACCCUUACAUGAAACUGUCAUGUAUUUUUCAUUCCCAACAUUACAAUAAUGGUGUGCAUACCAACAUUACAAUAAUCGUGUAUGCACCACCCUUGACAUCAACUGACUCUCAUAUUUUAAAGUUGUUGAUAAGAAUGGUCCGUAUACCCCUAGUGAUACUCUAUUUGCGACAUACUGCUAUUUUGUAGAAAUUAUAUGCAUAAAGAAUCACGAUUGUUUUAUCUAAGUUAUAUUUUUAUUUUCCGAAGAAUAAUAGCAUACAUAAAUGUCAGUGUGUACGGAUUUAACGAAUUGAUUUUUUAUUGGAAUAUGCGGAGAAUUUGUGAUAAAUGUUCUUGUUAUAUAUGAAAUGGUAUUUUGGAAUAAAUGAUUUACAUUA